UGUUUUCGUAGGUGAUAGUUGUGAUGCAUUAAAGCAUUAGGCGCAUUAAAAUAACCAAAAUUUGAGAUAUUUUUCUUUGAAUCCUAACCUAUUUUCCGUUACAUCAUAUAUCCCUUUCCCUUGAAAUUAUUCUGCAACAUGAUUAACUUUCUGAGAAGUUUCGACCAGCGAGCAUUUAAAAUGAUAAACCUGCCUACAGUGCAAUCUAAGUUACGCCCCUACAGUACAGGAUUACCGAAUGACAGAAAACUUCCUCUUCUGAAGCUUGAUGGCUAUACACUUCGCAAAAUUGUGAAACAUGAUUGUGAAGCGAUUCAUCAUCUAGUUCAAGAGUUGGCUAAUUGUUUGAACAUGCCUGAUGCCCCCCAGAUUAGUGCCAAAGCUCUAGAAGCCGAUGGAUUUGGAAGCCGUAGGUUUUACGAGGGAUUCGUAGCCGAAUCCCACAAACUGAAGCAAGUGGUGGGAUACGCCAUUUAUUAUUUCAGUUACUCAACGUGGCAGGGUAAGUCAUUGUACAUGGAAGACAUGUACAUUCGUCCGGAAGACCGGAAAAAUCGAAUUGCCAUUUCCUUUUUCCACCUUAUUUCUCAAGCGGCAUUAGCUGAGAACUGCAUGCGGAUGAACUUUUGUGGCCUGAAAGACAACAAACCAGCCGUCGAACUCUUCCAGUCGUUGGGUGCGGAUAAUUUAACCCUGAAGGAAGGUUGGCACUAUUAUCGCAUUCCCCGUCAUGGCAUUGAAGAACUCGCACAACCUUCAAUCAUCACCAAAUUUAAUCCUUGACUUUGUUUAAAAAAGUACCAAUUUGUAUUAACUCGCCAGUGCUACGUGCCUUAAAAUCAAAACAUUUCCAAACAUAUUAGCAGGGAUAUUAUUUUUAUGUGAUUAGAUGUAGUAUAUUCUCGCUAGUGGUUGUCUGGAAGGCAUUUCUAUCCCCAGUCAACUUGCAAUAAAGUGAAAUGAGCCAAAUGUUUAUUGAUCCUUUGAAACCAAACAUCAUUCAUUCACUGCCGAACACAAAUCAAGUCAACACCAUUAAGGCGACGUCGGAAUCCUCGUAAUCGAGUGUGUGGUUUCUCAACAACAUCAAACAAAGAAAUAACACGAGUGUGAAGCGCCCAAUCUGCUAUACACUACUGGAGGAGUGGCAAGAAGCGAUGAAAUGAAUAACGCAAUAACAUUUGAAAUACACACACACACAAAAAAAAAACACAUUAAAACAACAGCCCCAGCUAUAUUUAUAUAAAGAUGAAGGGAGAAAUUUGAAAAAAAACAGGAUUGGCAUUUAAAAACAUUUAGCUGCUG